AUGUCGCCCGCCGCCGCCGCCGCCAGAGUCACAUCCUUCGCUGCCAACUUCACCACCUCCACCGCCCCCUCCUCGGGCGGUCGCCUCCUCCGUCCGUUCUGUGGGAAUCCGCGCCCCCGCCGCGCCGUCGCCUCGAUGGCCGUGUCCGCUCCCAAGUCGCCAGCCGCCGCCUCGUUCCUCGAGCGCCGCGAGUCCGAGCGCGCGCUCCACUUCGGGAAGUACCAGGGCCUCGGCAACGACUUCAUAAUGGUCGACAACAGGGAUUCGGCCGUACCGAAGGUGGCACCGGAGGAGGCGGCGAAGCUAUGCGACCGAAACUUUGGUAUUGGUGCUGAUGGCGUCAUCUUCGUCCUGCCGGGGGUCAACGGCGCGGACUACACUAUGAGGAUAUUCAACUCCGAUGGCAGCGAGCCGGAGAUGUGUGGCAAUGGAGUUCGUUGCUUUGCUCGCUUUAUAGCGGAGGUUGAAAAUCUACAGGGAACACAUAGCUUCAAAAUCCAUACUGGCGCUGGAUUAAUUAUUCCUGAAAUACAAGACGAUGGAAAGAAGGCAUACACCACCAUAGUUUUCCAUUCAUAUUAUUCAAUCAUGAGCAAGGUUAAGGUUGAUAUGGGCGAACCCAUUCUUUAUGGACCAGAUGUUCCCACAAAACUGCCAUCCACCAAGAAUGAAGCUGUUGUAAAAGCGGAAUUGGCAAUUGACGGGCUAGCAUGGCAUGUAACCUGUGUUAGUAUGGGCAAUCCUCAUUGCAUCACGUUUGGUUCAAAAGAGUUGAAGGUUCUGCAUGUUGAUGAUUUGAAGCUUAGUGAUAUUGGGCCCAAAUUUGAGCAUCAUGAAAUGUUUCCUGCUCGGACCAACACUGAAUUUGUGGAGGUCUUGUCUCGCUCACACCUCAAAAUGCGAGUUUGGGAGCGGGGUGCUGGAGCAACUCUUGCUUGUGGGACUGGUGCUUGUGCCGUUGUUGUUGCAGCUGUUCUUGAGGGCCGAGCUGAACGGAAAUGUGUAGUUGAUUUGCCUGGUGGGCCAUUGGAAAUUGAGUGGAGGGAGGAUAACAAUCAUGUUUACAUGACUGGUCCUGCUGAGGCUGUCUUCUACGGAUCUGUUGUACACUAG